UGCUGGCGGCGGCGGCGGCAUGGGCCGGGCGGCGCUGGCUGUGUCCCUGUCCCUGUGGGCGCUGGCGGCGGCCGUUGUGUGUCGGCUGGAGCCCGUCACGGCGGGCGGUCCCGCAGAUGCCAAAUGGAUAACAAUAACUGACCAGAUCAAGAAGGCUGUGGAAGUCUAUAAGCCAUGUGUAAAGGAGAAUUGCAGCUGCCACCAGAGUGUCUGGAAGCAGGACCUGGCUCCUUUUCGAGGUGGCAUUUCUAAGGAGAUAAUAUCAGAUGUGGUGAGCCGGAAGCUCGGCACACACUACCAAAUCAUUCAGAACAAAUUGUACCGUGAGCAGGACUGCUUGUUCCCUGCAAGAUGCAGUGGAGUUGAGCAUUUCCUUCUAGAGAUCAUCAACCGCCUCCCUGACAUGGAAAUGGUGAUCAAUGUGCGAGACUACCCCCAGGUCCCCAAGUGGUUGAAACCCAUUAUCCCAGUCUUCUCCUUCAGUAAGACAUCUGAAUACAAUGAUAUCAUGUAUCCUGCCUGGACUUUCUGGGAAGGAGGACCAGCUGUUUGGCCAAUUUACCCAACAGGUUUAGGGCGCUGGGACCUCAUGAGAGAGGACCUCAGAAGAUCUGCAGAAAAAUGGCCAUGGAUGAAAAAAAUCUCCAAAGGAUAUUUCCGAGGAUCCAGAACAAGCCCUGAGAGAGAUCCCCUCAUUCUGCUGUCCCGAGAAAACCCAGAACUUGUUGAUGCUGAGUACACUAAAAACCAGGCUUGGAAAUCUGAAAAGGACACCUUAGGGAAGCCUCCUGCAAAGGAAAUUCCACUGGUUGAUCACUGCAAAUACAAGUAUCUGUUUAAUUUCCGGGGAGUGGCUGCCAGUUUCCGGCUGAAGCACCUUUUCUUAUGUGGUUCACUCGUCUUUCAUGUUGGAGAAGAAUGGUUGGAGUUCUUCUACCCCCAGCUGAAGCCUUGGGUCCACUACAUCCCAGUCCGACCAGACCUCUCUAACGUCAGGGAGCUGUUGCAGUUUGUAAAGGAAAAUGAUGCCAUAGCACAAGAAAUUUCAGAGAGGGGACGCCAAUUCAUCACCGAGCACUUGCAGAUGGAGGAUGUCUCUUGCUACUGGGAGCAUCUGCUGUCUGAAUAUUCCCAAGCUUUGACUUACAAAGUGAAAAGGAGGAAGAGCUACAGUGAGAUCACUUCUGAAUGGCUGAAAACAGAACUGUAGAGACUUCUCUGUUUUUCUCCUCAGCUCAAACUGACCUCUGUGGAAAUCUGAAGAUCAGCAUAUCUUCUUUCUUGUUCUUUCAGACUUCUUAUCCUUUGUGCUAGAACUACAGAGAACAGCAAUAGGCUAACUUUGAAACUGCUCCCAUACAGUGGGACCUGAUUACACUGUCGCCAUAAGAAUGUUAAGUAGAAUGUUGGGUUAUGGCUAUUUGAUGGGGUGGGAAUGGUCAUGCCUGGAAGAGGGUUGUUAGCAUUUGGGACUUAAUUACUGCCUGUCUCAGCAUGAUCCUAAAUCCCAUUCAGUCAGUGGGAAACCUUUCUGUUAAUUUUAGUGGACUUUUUACCAAGUCCUCUGUACUCAUGGGCAAGGUACAUAGGCUGUCAGCUGCACUCAGCUGAGAGAUACGUGCCCCUCUUUGGUGAAGGGUCAAUGUUUUCUCACCUGUGUGACAGCAUUUGGGAUAUUAGGUGUUCUCUGACAGAAGCAGGUUACUGGGAUUUGGGGGUAGCCUUUUUAGAUAGCUUAGAACUUAUAUUCAUGUCAGGUUUUAGAGGUUGAUGGUAAGGCUUAGAUGUGUAAUUGAAAGGACAAAUGAUCCCUGCACAGUUAAACUACCUACCUCACAGGGGAGCAGCAGGCGAUGACAGUGUUGCUGCGGUGCUAAGCCUGAGUAGCAGACAGGCAAGUGGUUGGCAGCUGGGACAAAUAUGGUUCAUCCUCCAACAGAGGAGCUGGGUGCCCGCACAGCCAUGCAGAACUGAGCCCCUGUUAGCGAGCUCUCGGCGGGCCAGAUGUCCUAGGGCCCUUAGCCCAGAAAAAGUAUAUGCAGGGGUAGAUUCAGCUCUUCUUUUUCCCAGGUGUUCACAGAUUCUCUGCUCUGAUCCCCUUCUGUAAUCUUUCUUGGGUUGUUUUUCGGGGUUUUUUGUUGUUUUGGGGUUGGUUUAGUUUUGGUUUGUUUUUUGUUGGUUUUUUUUUUUUUUUUUUUUGAGGCUGGUAACACAUCCGCUCACUUCAGUAUUCACUUUUCUUUCUCACAGCUGUUACCCUCCUUUUUCACAUUUCCUUCAGUCUGGCUGAGGGAAAUGUUUUCAGUCGCACAGUGGCAGCUACUCCUCACAUUACUCACUUCGAGUUCAGUCACGGGUUGCUUGCGCUGACUAUUUAUCCCCACUACAGGCUGCUCAGCCCAGAGGGAGCGCAAUUUCUGAAAUGCCCCUGAGUAGAGAGGCCUGUUAGGAAGCAGCAUCUUCUCUGGCAUUCGGGCAGCAGCACGGGAUCCCAGGAGGGCGACUGCCGCCUGGGUGCGUGCCCUUGGUGCUAAAGCCGCCUCACGGCUCAGGAAGCAGCACAUUAACGGAAAAGAACGAUGGCAGCAGCUCAUGGUCUCCUCUGCGGUCAGUUUGGAUCAGAGAAGAAGAAAACACUACAAGGAACGGUAGCGUGAAGGGCGCCUGGCAGCACGGCCGGGCCCUGGUACGGGGGCAGAGCUGCCAGCCCUGCGCGUCGGGCCGGUUGCGGGAGCAGGGUGCCAAUACGCGACUGGUGCUUGGCUAUCCCAGCCAGCAAGGGAAACAGAGCAGGAUACUCAAAUAGCCUGGUUUCUGAGGAAAAGGACGGUGCGAGAGCAGAAGGGGCUUUCUGGUUUUGUAUUUUUAGUCAAGGGAGAGACAGCACUCUGAGAAACUGAAAGAGCUAUGUAUAAUGUUUUUAAACCAUUUUUAAUUAAGUGCUUUUUGGAAUAAAACAAACGAAAAUUAA